CGGGAGAGCGCGCGCCGCUGCAUGGACAGCAAGACGGCGAGCUCUGGCACUGUGAACAGCAGCAGCGCCAUGGACCGCGGCAGUGGCAGGAUGCUGCUGGACUACCGGGCGUCCGAGCCCGUGCUCGUGGAGAGCGAGCGCUCGAGUCUCUCGGACGCGCCGCUCUCUCGGUCCCAGAUCCAGCGACCGUCCAAGCCCUCGGCGGCUCCCUGGAAUCCGGGAUACACCGUGUCGCCGCAGCCGCAGCCGCGGCCGCGGCCCACGAUGCGGCGUAAGCUCAAGCUGCCGGGCCGCUCCAAGAGCAAGCACGUGGCCAAGCUGCCGCGGAUGGACGAGGUCAUCCCGCGCGUGGAGAUCACCGAGGCGCAGCAGGCGGCCAUGCGCGACCAGGCCGAGGAGCUCAUCGCGGGCUGUCUGCUCAAGUCCAGGGCGGCGUGGAACGGCACCAAGCAGAUCUUCGACGACCCCAAGCAGUGGAAGCUGCACAGCGCCAAGCCGCACCUCGCAGUGUACAAGCGGAAGGACCCGCACCGCCGCAGCGCGAUCGCGCACCAGUUCGUAGCCUCCGGACGCAUCCCGGGACUGACGCUGCAGGACGUCGAGUACGGCAAGUACAGCGACACGACGCUGGACGAGCGCUCCAUCAGCGCCUACUUGUUCCGCGACUACUUCCUGGACGCGGCGGUGCUGCAGGUGCUGGAGGCGCAGACGGAGGACGACCCGUUCCGCUUCUUCGGCAUCAAGUGGAUCGCGUUCGCGUCUCCGAGUGGGCCUGCGAGGUUCUUCUCUCCCAGAGAUCACGCCUACUACGAGUACGCGAAGACUGUGACCACAGAGGAUGGAACCAAGGUGCUCGUCAAGGUCAUGCAGUCCGUGGGAGACGACAUCCUGCCUCCGUUGACGCAGAUCGUGGGCCACGACAGACCAAGCGACGGCGUGGACCCGUCGAAGCUCCGGUUCGUACGCGGCCAUCUCUCCAUUAUCACCACGUACGCCUUCGACUCGAAAGUGAAUGCGGUCAAGGUGUUUUCUGAAGGCUCGUUGGAUCCGGGAGGUCGAGCGAGUGCGUGGCUGGGCAGCGCCUUCUUGUCACAGUUCGCGCCGACCGUAGUGCGCAUCGAGUACUGCGCCGACAUCAAGUACAUCAUGAAGCACGGCAUGAUCUUCCCGCACCCACCGGCAGCGCUGACCCAUUCCCAGUCUGGCCAGAGUCUCGGCCAGAGUCAGAGUACGAUGAGCGGCUCGGAAGUCACGGCACACGGCCCCGCCGCUCUGCCGCUGUCAGGGUUCCCGCCAAUCUUCGAAAUGGGCCGAAUGUCCAUCAACCCGCAGCCGAGCUGGGUGCCCGACCACCAGCGCAAGGUGUGUUUUGUGUGCUUCAAGAGUUUUGGCAUCGUUCGGCGCCAUCGCCACCACUGCCGCAUGUGUGGCGAGGUCAUGUGCUCCCGCUGUAUGAUCACCCUCCCGCUCGUUGCCCCGCCGUCCUCCGCCCCAAAUCCCGACGGAGAUGACGAGGAUGAAGGAGACAACAACGAGAGCGACGCCAUCCGAGCUCGCCGUUCUCAUCGCAAUGGCACGCAGCUCGAAGGACGUCCUCUGAGCGUCCUGCUGAAGCAACCGGCCAAGAAGAGUCUGGAAGAGACCCGCCCCAAUGGAUACCCGGCCGUGAACAACGUGAAAUUAUGCAAGAAGUGCAUGUUCAGCAUUCGCCAGGAGCGCAAGGGCACGAUGCGGGGAGCCACCAACUUUUACGCUGCGCCCACCAUGAUCAAGCAAUUUCCUCUGGUGCUGCAGGGCUCCCUGGCUGACAACAUCGGACUGCAGCCUGGUCCGAUGCGGGGCUUUUUCCCCGGUGGCAGGUACGCUGCGGACGAUGAACUCAUGAACAACGCUGCGGAGCGUGGUGAGGAGGACGACAUUGAAGAGACCGACGAGGAAUACUCGGCUCGUGUCGAGCGUAUGCGUCAGAUGCACAUGGCGCGCGAGAAAAAGAAGAACUUGCGUCGCAGCAUUCUUCUCUACGAUGAAGACGACCUGAACAACGGCGGAGAGUCCCCUCCUGCGAGACCGAGCCAUCUCUUCAAUGGAGGCAACACGAGCUUCAACUUCGAUGACCUCCUGCUGCCGACGCCCAAGCGCGACGAAGACGGUGAAGACGUCAACCGACUGAGCAAUCGUGGACGAGGUGUUAGCUCCACGAACCAGAGCGACGCGAUCCCCCCGACAGCCCCUCGACGACCAUCAACCACUGCGCGCCAGUCGGAGGGGAGCUCGAAGCUUCGGUCACUGUCGAUCCCGGAUCAAUUGGAGCAGGUGGAGCGAUCCAUCGCACAGCAGGAGGCACUGAUCCGUUCCAUCACGGAGCAGCGCAGCAAGAUGGCUCGAUCGCCUGAAGACGACACCGUUGCGAGGACGACGGCAGUCACGACUGCGGGUGAAAUGUCCUCCGAGGCGCGUUCAUCGCUGCUGUACCCGGGCUCGACCCAAACUGCGCCGACCCCGAGAGCCGACGCGAUGUUCACUCCGCUCUCCAUGCGGUCUUCGUAGAACUCCUGUAGCAUAAGAGCACGACAUUGACAGCAAGCAGACAAAAUGCAACCAAGUUCUUGCUUGCUAGCGUGAAAUGUCGACGCAUGAACGAACACUUUCUAGCAAACGCUUGAUUGACAACGAAUACAGUCCGAAUAACAUGUUUUCCGUCUAACGAGUGUCUUCCUAAGCAACGGCGGCGUCCUUCUUGCGCUCCUGCUCUAGUGUGAAGAGAAUUCUCGCUUGGUCAGCAAGCGAGCUCUCCACUUGGGCGAGUGCUUGGCGAAGGUCUUGCAGUGGCUCGUUAGCCUCACUACACUUGUCGUCUUCGCUAUACAGCGACGUCGUGGACGAGGACGGCGAUGGAACCUGUCGGUUGUGGUACAGGGCUUCGUCCUGUAGAUCACGCAUACGGCGCAGCACCUUCUCGGUGGCGCUGACAGUCGCUGUAGCCGCCGCUGCGCUGGCCGUGAGUUCGUCUUCUUCAUCCUUGAGCUCAAAUAGGCAGGUUGGGUCGAAGACCGACGUGUAGCUGCUCAUGCGGCCUUGACUUUCGUCGGCGGCUGGCUUGGACUCGUCCGUCUGCGUGGGGUAGAACUGGAUUGACUCGUUGUCACAGUCAACGUCGCUGGGGACGUCGUAGUGCUCCGAGUGGCCACUGCUGUCGUGGCUGCUCUCGUCCCUCUCCAAGAGCUCCUUCAUCUGCGUAGACGUCACCGACGAGGUAGUUGAUAGCGCGUGCGGCGACAAAAUCAUCACGCGUUCAUGGUUGGCGUAGCUGUCGAGUCCGCCAUCCUCCCCAUUCCACUCCUGAGCGUACGAUCCAGGCCGCGCAAACAUGGACGACCCCGGUCUCGUAUCAAAGGCGUACGACCCCGGUCUCCUCUUCAUCUCCGUGAGAUCGUCCACACUCUCGGCGUCGGUGUCGUCCAUCAUCAGCAUCGGGAGGUCCUGCUCGCCGGCCUGACCCAGGUCAUCAUCAAGUCCAUCGAGCUCCUCGACUUCUCUAUUGUCCGGUGUCCAGGUCUGUGGACGCACCGGGAACUUCUCCUCGAAAUCGAACUCAUCGCCCUCCGCAAUCUCAGCAGGGAGCGCUGAGCUGAGGGCCAUCUCACUGUGUCUUCGUCGCUGCGAUGACUUGUUCACCAGCGGGACGCUCUGUAGACACCGAAUGCACACCUUGGCCAUCACCACGCACACCACCGACUCCCCGCCUAGCACGGCUGUCUCCAACGGGCCAUUAACAGCCUUCCUCGCCUUCACCAGACUUUGACUCGCGUCGAAUUCACCCCCGCCAUUGCUCGCCUCCUGCUCUUUCUCCUCCAUCACCUGGUUGUCAAAACUGCAGGUCAUAGUCUCGUCGAAGUUAGGACGCGGGGGUUCUUUCUUGCUGCGCCUCGAGUCUGUAUUCGUCGUUCCGAUCGUGCCUCGCAAGCCCCGGAAGCUUUGAGUGGCGCGCACAUUGACUCGAUGCUGGAACGUGCACUCGCCACAAAUGACCUCACCGCAUGCACGGCAGUGGUGCUUGAAGCGCCUUACGAUGCGGAACUUCUUGUUGCACACCGAGCAGCGAGGACGGAGUUCAUCGGCCACCCACUCCUGCGCCAUCUCGAGCGGCGGGCCCGUUGGAACCUUACGUCGUCGAGACUUUUUCUUCUUUUUCUUCUUCUUCUUCGUUACCUUCGGGCGUUCUUCAAGGCCGUUGAUAGUGAUGCCAAUAGAUGAUCCGGACGACCUGCCUGCAGUGAAUAACGAGCGCUCCGAGCGCCAGAACGACUUGAGAACUUUGUACACGACACUGUCCGGCAUACUCCCCUUCAUGUGGAGACGGCCCUUAGCGCACACGUGGAGCAGCGGGUUCCUCACUUCGUUCUCAUCGUCCAUCCAGUACACGAACGCGGCUUCAAUGUGUCCACGCGUGAGGCCGAAGUACGAGUCCUGACCACCGUAACCUCGAAUG